AUGCUUUUACUUUUUGAUUCGCGCCGUGCCAUAGCUCAAUCAACAACACCAUCACCCAAUCUAUCCCUGGCGACAUGCAAUUCAACUGUUUGUAAAUCAUCGUCUACGCCGUGUUCUUCGAAUCUCGAUUGUGAAUGUUUUUCAUUAACUAAUACUGUUAAUGGAAGUAUCUCGGGGAUUUGUGCUAUUGCCGCUCUUCCCUGCAGUUCAAUGGUUCGAUGUAAUUCAGACAAUAUUACAUGUUCCAUCACACAAACAAUUUGUGUUAACAGUACACGAUGUCAAAAACCUGUUUGUUAUCCAAUGGCAUUGGCUAAUAUUCAAAUAUGUCCUCCAAGUGCGUAA